ACACAAGUACCGUGACAUUCGAGGAGCCACAACACGACACGCGGAGGCACUGCAUCGCUGGUGCGGCAAAGGACUUACGUGGAUUAACCCAGCUUUGUGGAUAAAUUAAGCAGUGGAUAAAUUGUGGGUGCGCCAAGGAUUCUUCUUCUUAAUCCUCGAUCGAAACAAUCAAAAGAUUGCUGUCAUGGCUCUUAAGUGGGCUCUGGUGAUCACGACGCUGGUGGUUGCCCAAGCAGCCAAGCUGGAUAACAAAUACCUGCCCCCACCUGCAAGUGCGGCCAGUGCGGGCGGCAGUCCGGGAGCAGGGCUUCAGGGCCCAGGAGGUGGCUUCGGCGGAGGUGGAGGAUUCGGUGGCGGCGGAGCGGGUGGAGGUUAUGGAGGAGGCGGCGGUGGCGGACCAGCUGGCGGCUUCGGUGGAGGACCAGGCGGUGGCGGUGCUGGUGGCUUUGGUGGUGGUAAUAACGGACUUGGUGGCUUCGCAAACGGAAGACCCAUUGCACCUGGCGGCGGCGGCGGAGGCGGCGGAGCACCCGCUCCACGCCCCAGUCCGUCAGGUGGCGCGCCACCAACUUCUGGACCUCCCAUUCCGAUCCUCUCAUUUGUCAACGAGAACGACGGCGAUGGCAACUACCGUUUCAGCUACGAGACUGGAAAUGGUAUAAAGGCCCAGGAGGAGGGCACCGUUAAGAACAAGGGAUCUGAGAAUGAAAUCCCAUCCGUGAUGGGCUCAUACUCCUACACAAAUCCCGAAGGUGAACUCGUCGAGAUCAUGUACACGGCGGAUGAGAAUGGCUUUGUGCCCUCGGGCAACGCCCUGCCCACUCCACCGCCCAUUCCGGAAGCGAUAGCCAAAUCUCUGGCUGCCCAGGGCAUCUCCAUACUGCCGGGUGGUGGAUACAGUGGCGGUCCUGGAGGACAGGGAGCAGGUGGCGGCGGAGGCGGUGGUUCGGGAUAUGGAGGCGGAUCCGGAUUUGGAGGCGGCGGCGCAGGAGGAGGAUCCGGUGGAGGCGGAGGUGGAGCAGGAGGUGGCGGUGGAUAUGGAUCAGGAGGCGGCAGUGGUCGUGGAGGAGCACCAGGAGGUCCAGGUGCGCCAGGUGGAGGCGGAUUCGGAGGUCAAGGAGGUGGAGGAGGCUAUGGAGGAGCUGGUGGCGGAGCUGGUCGUGGUGGUUCCCCAGGAGGUCCUGGAUCACCUGGCGGCGGCGGAUUUGGUGGUCAAGGAGGUGCUGGCGGCGGUUAUGGUGGUGGCGGCGGCGGAGGACGCGGCGGUGGCGGAGCACCAGGAGCUCCCGGAUCACCUGGCGGUGGAGGUUUCGGAGGUCAAGGUGGAGGCGGAGGAUUCGGAGGUGGCGGCGGACGCGGCGGUGCUCCUGGCGCUCCCGGAUCACCAGGCGGAGGCGGAUAUGGUGGCCAGGGAGGUGCUGGCGGCGGCUAUGGAGGCGGCGGCGGUCGCGGUGGUGGUGGAGCACCAGGUGCGCCAGGAGCACCAGGAUCCCCAGGUGGUGGCGGAUUCGGAGGUCAAGGAGGUGGUGGCGGAUUCGGAGGAGGUGGUGGUCGUGGAGGUGCCCCAGGAGCUCCAGGAUCGCCUGGUGGAGGAGGAUUUGGCGGUCAAGGUGGGGGUGGCGGAUACGGAGGCGGCGCCGGUCGUGGUGGUGCUCCUGGAGCUCCUGGCUCUCCCGGAGGAGGAGGAUUCGGAGGCCAAGGAGGUGGUGGUGGCUUUGGCGCCGGCGGUGGUCGCGGUGGAGCUGGAGGAGCACCCGGUGGACCCGGAUCUCCAGGCGGUCCAGGUUAUGGAGGAGGUGCCGGUGGACCGGGAGGCGCCGGUGGACGUCCAGGCGGACCAGGAUUGCCCGGCAAUCAGUAUGUUCCACCAGCGGCUGGUGGCGGAGCACCCGGCUCGCCAGGCAGACCAGGAUCGGGAGGAGUUCCCGGCACAGGAUCACAGUACAUUCCACCUGCUCCGGGAGCGCCGGGCGGAGGUCGUGGAAACGGAGAGUUCAAUCCUCAGACGGGCUAUAGCUACUAAAAUCAGAAUUUAUUCCAAAACGCCAAUCAAAUCUCUCAAAUCGAAGAAACGUCAUUUCCGUGCAGGCUGCCCUCAAUGUUCUUUCGCUAAAACAAUUAAUUUAUUUAUAUAAGCUUACCUCCCUCUUCCACUCUGACAAUGUGUGUGUGCAACUAUCGAAAUAAAUGAUUAUUAU